UGGGUAAUCACCUUGUCACCUUGUUCUACCUGCGCAAGACUACAUGUAAGAGUCAAUGGAGCAGCUGUAGUCAAAAAUACACUUCUAAAAUAAAGAUCUUUGCACAAUUUGGACAUUUGUUUUAAAGAUUUGGUGAACACAUGUGAACAUCUGGCUUGGUGAUACUUUAACAACCUUCCACAUGGGAUUCUGGGUGUCUGAAAUCCUACAAAAACACUAUUUCUAAGUCCUGUAGGAGUACUAUGUCAGUCACCACAAACAGGCUACACACUGACUUAGACACACCUACAUGCUGUGUGUGGGCUGUGUAUCCCUCAGACACCAAUUUUGUGAGUAUCAUAAACCCAAGCUUGCUACCUAUAUUGGCCAGAGCAAAACCUUGACAAAAAAGUAAAUAGCCUCCAGCAGGGAUGACUGGAUUUGAUGUCAGCUGUGUAAAUGGAGUCUUUCACAAUAAUAAAUCAUUAACCUUUUAGUCAGCAAGCACGCCGUUCCCUGAACCCCCCCUGAAAAAAUCCAGCUCGGGCCAAAAUGAGAAGCAAAAACAGCCCCGCUCAUAUCAAUGAAAUGCCAUUUUCAGUCUAUAACAUUUUGUUAUGCUGAGCCGCAGGGAAGUUGGAGCGCGUCCUGCACUCGGGCUAGAUAACACUCGCACUUCCCACUCCUUUAUGAGAAGGUGGGAAAUCAAGUGGUGAGAAGACAAAAAGGACACACAGCUCCUCUACAGUGGACACAGGGGCAUUUUCCACCUGGCGCAUUUCUUAAUGGAACAAAUGUGGAUUCUUCGGGAGCGGCCUAAAAGGGCAUGGCGUUAAGCAGACUCCUGCUGCUCUGUAUGGUAGCCUCUGAGGUGUGGGAUGCUGAGACCAAACCCGUAGAUUUUGUGUGUAAUAAAGUCGCCAGGAGGGCUUUGAAUAUUGUGGCAGAGACGGAGAGUGCACUGAGUGAGUGUAAUGACGCCAAAACCUUCUCCACAUUGGUUCAGCUACCCUGCACCGAGCUCCACAUAGAAUCCUGGAAGAACAAAUCACACCAAGGGAUAAGAGGGGACAUAGUUGCAUCCUUGAGGCUUCUUAUUGAAGGUGUGAAGGUAGUAAGGGCCCAGAUCCAGCCAGGAUGUGCCUUUUUGCCACUGCAGAGACUGGAGCACAACAUCAACAACUACCUGCUCAUUCUCACACACCUUCAGCUGAGUCAGGGGCCAGCAGUGAGUCCAGCACUGUCUUGUGUUCCCCAAAGCACCUUGAGCCUGAACACAGUCCUGCUGAAGUACAACCAACUGAUCUCAGGCAAACUUGAAUGGUUCAUGGUUGACCUGGAAGACAGAUGCACUUCCCAGUGACAAGAACAGCUUCAGUGGACCCAAUAUUCCUUAUCAACAGAAGGAUGAGUUCAACUAAAGGCCCUGGUCAACAAAAAACAAUGAAAAUCCACCACAGCAGAGCAGCUGAGCGGAUCUGGAUUCUCUUCUCACCGUGCUGCCUUUCUUAUUUGCGGAAAGUCUUAUUUUGCAUGAUAUGAUGUGUAGACUCACAAUGUUCAGGAGUAAAAAGUAGAAAAGCACCCUUCUCUGCUGGUCGUUAAGAGGAACUACAGCUGGGGAGGGAAAAGAGCAAUUUGACUGCAAUGAUGAGCAUCAUGGGUGACUGAAAGCAUGAUAGGAAGGCAUGUUUAAUACAAUUCUACAUAAAACUAAGGAUACUUUAAAGAUGAUUUUGAGCAGCAGGUGAUUUGUUAAUUUUUUACAAUGAGGAUGGCCCAAACAGUCACACUAACUAAAAACUACAUCUUCAUUAUCUAAGUCAUGUUUCCCCCAAAUAUUUUGUUACUAUAGGCAGCUGUGUGCCUUUAUUAUCCUCUUGCUCUCAAUCAUGAGCAUGACAAUAAUCCAUAGGGCAUAUAUGCUGCGACAUAUAAUAGAAUUCAUUAUAUAGAAGACAUAGUAUAGAAAAUAUUAUCGAUUCAAGACAAAACUGACUGAAUGAGGAAUAAAAAGGCGCAAUGACAAAUUCUUCCGCUGCUCCAGUACCAAAGACAGUUCCACAGACACAGUAAAGCUGGGCCAUUGAUAUUUAAGAGUCAUGACUGGGGCCAUAGAUUCUAUAGAUUCUGCACAAAACUCAGUCAGAGAAAGGAUUAAUGAUUCAGGCAUACUACAGCAACAUGUUCAACUAAACAAGCCCCCAAACUCUCUCUGCUACUAGGGGAUGGAAAGUGGGCAAUCACAUGUUAACAAGUGGGUCAUUUCGCAAAGUAGGGAUAUGGGAUCCACCCUCAAACUGCCUAAUGGUUGCGGGAUUAUAAAAAUCAAUACAAGUCUAUAAUAUGUGUUUUAUUUUACAUAGCCUACAGGCAGCUUCUCUUAGUCUCAACUGUAUGCAAAAUGAUACCAAAAUUAUAAUAAAUUUCUUUCACAUUUCGUGUUUUAAUGCCAGAUUUGUUUUUGCUCACAGUUCGUAUUCAGCUCCAACAUUGUUUUGUUUUUAAUUUAAUUCUGCUUAUUAUGCAGACACAUUUAGACAGCCUGUACACAUUAGCUUGAUUACAAAAUCAUACAUAUUUAUCAAAGACACUCACUUAAGUGGAAUAGGAGAUUGGAAAGUGUUGUUAUAUGUUUCUGGUAUGAAUUUGUACAUUUAUUUAACUUUUUUUUCUCAUUGCACUUUCAGAUCUUAUCUCUGUUUACAUUUUUAUUUUAUAUACAGAUAAAAUGUGUUUCUGUGUUUCGUUUUUUUUUUUUUUUUCCAAUUCAGGAAAUCUUUAGUGUUUUUGUGAAUUUAUUUGUGUAAAUAAUCCUAUUUUGCAUUUAAGAAGACAUUUUUGUGACAGUCUAUGUUAAAGAAUAUUGUUUAUCAGUGAUGGAAUGUAACUAAGAAAAAUGACUGAAGUACUAUGCUUAAGUACAAAUUUGAGAAAAUCUUCUGCAACUUUAUACUUCCACUCCAUUACAUUUUGGAGGCAAAUAUUGUACUUUUUACUUUCUUACUACUAGCCUUAAAGAUUGUAUGCUGCAUCAUGCAAGCCAAAGAGGCACAUCUUUCUUUUUUUUUUUGAUUGACAUCCAAUUUAAAAAACACUGAUUCUAAUGAUCAGAAAAAAGAUGAAUGUGGAAUCUGUCAAUCGUCCAGUUCAAUAAUCAGUCCGCCCAUAAUAUACAGUAUAUACAUGCGUCAGUCUAUGUAUUAUUUACUUUUACAUGUACUUGUACGCCUGGACUUGGAGAAGAGACAUAUAAACUAAGAAUUUUUAUAUGUGCAACUUUACUUAGGUAAUAGUUCAAACUCAGAAAUAUUUAUCUUUUCCAGAACUGAAUAAACAAUCUUAUCAAAGUAAAACAAGGUCCCCAGAACACUGUAUAAAACUAGAAAGGUGGCAGCGUCCGCCAAAUAUAAAUAAUAACAAGAAUGAUAAAAAAGUAAAACGACAUGAAAUUGUGUUAUCCUUUAAUAUCAGUUUGUGUAUUUAAUUAUGAAAGUGAAGAAAGUUUGUUCAUUUAGAUUGAUUAAGCAUAACAAAAUGUGUCAAUAAAGAUCCUUCUCUUCUGAUUAAAAAUUCCUUUCCCAAAGGAAAGGCACCUUCAA